AGUGAAGAUUUGUACUUGUUGAUACAAGAUGCCACGGGAUUUAUCACGAUCUCGAUCUCCUUCGUAUAGGCGGAGGCUUUCACCAUCUCCCUUAGGGCAUAGGUAUACCAGGAGAAGUCGAAGAGACAGGAGCCGUUCACCGUAUUCAUCGUACAGCAGGUGAUCCCGUUUGUGUUUUUAGUUUUAUUUACUUUCGAUUAAUCGAUUGAAUUGUCUCCAACGAUUGUUAAAAGAUUAACGACACCAUAUCUCUUCCCACGCGGUUUGUAUUUCACCUCCAUCGGAGUUUCUGCAUGAAUCUUUCCCCUUUUGCUUUUAAUUUCCCCCCUGUUUUUUCUUUCUAAUAUGAAAGCUGUUCAGUGUUGCUCUAGAUUUACUUUUCUCUUAAAUUUGUUCUGUGAUGAGGUAAUAAGACUUUGAUUAUACUAAUUGAAUGUUCGUUUAUGAUUUAUUCUUAUUAUUAUAACAAACAGUAGGGAUGCUUUUGUUGCUGUGUUUAUUGGGUUUUCGUGUUUGCUUUGUUGUUCAAUCAUUAUAUAUAAAUAGUCCUCGUGAGGUUUGCUUGAUGUUCUCUUUCAGUGAGUCCUGUCGUCCGGAUCUUCACGACCUCGCUUUUAUUGUUUAUGUGCUGAUGAAUGAUGAUUGGUAGUCUUGUUUUGUACUUGUGCUUUACUAUUUUGAAUUUCACGUGAAGUUUCUGAUUUCCGUGGCAUAAUCGUCAAGUACCUCCUGAUGAUAUUUAAUCAUUUGUUGAGAAUGGUGAGUGGGGGAGAAAAUUUAAGAAGUCUUUGGGGGGAAACUCUAAAAUGUGGUGAGAAGCAAACAGAAUAGUCAUGAUCUCGGUAAGAGAAUUGAGAUAAGUCAGUUCUUCCUAUUACAUGGGAAGUGAUCAGAUAUGCUGAUCGGUGUCCUGUCAUUGCUCGACUGUGACUUUGCUUCUUCAUGUGAUGUGAUAAAAGAUGGAGCCCACAAAGGUUUAUUCUUAACAAUGUAUGAGAAGAAAAAGCCGCUCCAUUUCCCCAAGACGUUAUAGAAAUCAUUCACGAACACCUAGACGCAAUAGAAGUCGUUCUCCAACUUCAAGGAGUUGCAAGAAGUCAAGGCGACGAAGUUCCUCAUCAUCUGUGCAUCAUAGAUCUUCUAGUUCUAGCCUUGGAUCCAUUGAGCAAAAAAGUACCAGUGAAAAAUUGAAAAAGGAAGAGGAAGAAAGGAAAAGGCGACAACAGGAGACAGAGGCCAAAUUACUUGAAGAAGAAACAGAAAAGAGAGUGGAAGAAGCGAUUCGCAAGGAAGUCGAAGAGGGCCUGAACUCCGGGGAUGUUAAACAGGAAAUAAACAGGAAGUUGGAGGAGGGACGGAGAAGGCUUGCCGAAGAAGUGACAGCUCAACUCGAGAAGGAAAAGGAAGCUGCCCUUGUUGAGGCCAGACGGAAAGAGGAACAAGCUCGAAAAGAAAAAGAAGACCGAGAAAGGAUGGUCGAGGAGAGCCGGAGGAGAGUAGAGGAGGCUCAGAGAAGGGAGGCUUUAGAGAGACAAAAGAGAGAGGAGGAAAGAUACAGGGAAUUGGAAGAGCUACAAAGGCAAAAAGAAGAGGCUAUUAAGAGGAAAAAACAGGAUGAAGAGGAACAGCGUCUUAAACAGAUGAAAGUAUUGGGUAAAAACAAAUCACGGCCGAAGCUAUCAUUUGCCAUUGGCUCCAAAUAAAAACAUGUCAAGAAGAAACAUAAGUAAAUGCUUCAAUUUGGGAUGACAUAUUUUUUGCUUAAUGCCAGUCCAUUUUUCCUAUGAAACUCA